UUUCGGAAAUUUUGCGCUAAACCGAUUCCGGCAAUUCUGCUCUCGAUACGACUCUAAACUUUUUCUAUAAUUAUCUUUUAUCUCUAAGGUUUUUGUUUUUGAUAUUACUCAUUAACUAAUUGAUGAAAGCGUAUCAAUCUCUACUUAUUCUCGGAGGAUACCAGAGGAGUUGAGAAUAUAGAGGGAGAUGUUUUGUAAUUGGGCACGAUUUGGGCGAACGAGUCGGUAAAAUGAAUGAUGGUGCGUUAUAACGAACAAAUCAGAAAACGGGUCUUUUUCAAGUUUUUAUCGUAUUGUAAGAGCUGACGAUGUGCAAAAGUGCAAAUCUAAAAGUUAGGUUAAGUUUGUAACGAUCGAGGAAUUUUGAAUGCAUGUUGUAUGUCGUCUGAAGACACGAAUAAUAUUAAAACGAAGGACCAAAAAUGGAUCCGAUAGUACAUCUGUGGAAUCUAUCAAAAUUUUUCGAGAACACUCGAAAUCCGGAUAUCAUCAAGCUGCGAAUGCACUACAAGCAAUGUUGUCAGAAACUCAACAGGAAUUACGAGUUGCCUAAACAAAACUUUGGGCAAUCUACAAUGUGUCCACAGUGUUGCACGCCAUGGUCAAUGGUGAAGUACAAGUCACGAAUACUCCCAGGCAAAACUAUGAGUAAGCGUAUAGAAAAACUCAUGAAGUUUCCAGCUGAUGCAACAUCAAGAAACUCCAGUCGAACACACAGUCUUGUUAGCAAAUGCAAGAAAAAUACAUCCAACAAAUUAAUACGCAUAUGUUCGGUCUGUUCAAGGACUACAACAUUUUCCCUUAGCAAACCAAGACGGGAAAAAAUUUCAGAGAAAAAUUCAUUUGUCAGUUUAAAUGUUUCGACAUCUUCAAAAAAAAGAAAAAAACGAACAAAGGACAGAACUGCAGGAUUAAAUCUCAGCGAUUCUCAGACUCCUGAAACAAAACGAUUCAGUAACCUACAGACCAUCAUUCCUAAGACACCUGCAUCGUGCAAUAGCAAGAGUAAACUGCUUCAGGCCAAAACCUCUACGCCUACGAGUUCCAAAAAACUGAAUCUUGUUAAGUUAAAAGGAAUAAUGAAUGCCGGUACAACUCCAUCAAAAAAAAAUAAGCUACACUCAUUUCUGCAAGAAUUCUGCUGAAAAAUGUAGCUCGUCUUUACUGAAUUUCAAUACACUAUAGUACAAAAAAAAAUGUAAUUUGAUUCAGUAUGUUAAAGUUAUGUAGGUUAUUAUUUUUUUCAUGACUCUUAGGAUUCUUAUGGAAGGAAGAAAUUACAUCAAAGAGGAAAAAUUAAUCAACACCCCUCUUAUCGCAUCCUUAUGAUUAAGUGAUGAUUUCUGUGUUAUAAACUAUCUUAUGUCCUUUGCUCGAGGACUCAAAGUAUCUCCAUACCUCCGUACAGAGUUUCAUCUAAAUCGGUUCAGUGUUUUAAGCGACAGACAGAGUUACUUUUGCAUUUAUCAUAUGAAAGUAAGAAAAUAAGAACAGAGAAUUAGGGAUUACAAAGGGUUUUGCAAAAAAAAUGUCUACAAUAUUUAAUAAAUUUUUGACUUCAUGUUACAA